UUGAAUACAAAUAGGAAAAAUUGUUGGCGAGCCUGUCAAUAUGGUCGAAUGAUUGUACCUUAUCAAGAAUUCGGAGACGAGCAUCUAAUGAUGAGGAAUUUGUCCAAGUAUUUUCGCCACAAGUUUGCUAUCAGUCCUAAAUGCUCAGAUCCCGAUAUGCUCAAGAACGUGACCUUUGAGGUGUUCAAGAUUGAAAAGGUACCAUCUUUCAAAGAUUCAGUGGACAAGAAGAGUCUGUUGAUUCAUCAGGCAAUCGAGAAAGGCGAUCUUUAUGGUGGUAUGUCUUAAGUUAUAUAUUGUGAACAUUUCGUGGACACCCUCCGAGAGGCGCAAGCUUACCUCUCCAAGCAUGCCUGGAAAAUUGUAAAUGACUAAAGACUAUUACUUGUAAUGUAGUCGACCACCGGUAAUGUUCAACGUCCAGCGAUCCUAGCGAAAAAAAGCCAAUUCUGGGACGUGCCUAAAGUCUUGCUGGCACGGUCCUGAUGGUUUUAAAAAUGACUGACAUGCGCGUAAAUCCCCAUGCAGCAAAGGCGUUCACUACAGAGCCCUUCCAUAUAUUAGUCCCCCGAAUGAAUGGACUAGAUCUCACUUGCCUUUUAUAUAUUUUCUUGUAAGGAUUCCAAUCAAAUGAACCAUUCACCGUCCGCGCGCACAAGGUUGAACUUGUUACUGACGUGUUGCAUGGGUGUCACCGCAAAAAGUAUAAAGUUGUAGAUGGAUCGGGUGAUGCUCUUGUGAUAAAAGUCACAAAUAACGAGAAAUUCUUGGUUCACGUGUGUGUGAUGUCAUAUCAGGCUGAUGGCUCUAUUGUUGUCUUGUAUCCGCCAAAAAACGUAAGUAAUCAAUGAUUCAGUGUACGCUAAUAUGAUGCUUUUGCUGCAGCUGUUCACCUUAAUAAAAAUUUGAAAAGAUUUAUUUGGUUUGUAUUUAUUUUGAUUUUGUGACUUGUUUAAGCCAUGCUAUGCUUACAUAGUGUAAAUUCAACACAUUACUGUGAGAGUCAUUAGUUUAACUCAGUUCCACUAUGAAGUAAAUCCAAUCAGUGUUCAGAAUGGAACUUGACCCGCAGAUCUCCGGUUUGCAAGACCGCAUGUCGUUCGUUUCAUUUUCGAAACAAAAAUUUCGAUCUUAUGCAAACUGACUCACGGGAGGAAAUUUGGACCACCAGGCUUUGUGAACCAUCUCGCUUUUAGUAAAUCAAUGCAUGAAUACGGCGAUCAAUAGCACCGGGGGACUGGCGGCCGAGCAGUCUCUGGUUAGCGGACUGGCAAUCGAGCCGGGUGCAAAUGAUAACAUGUCAAACCUAUUGUAGUUUUAAAGACGGUUCCUUUCCUUAGAGACGGCUCGUACCCGAGGUCAGCCCAGGUUUAAACCUUUGUUUAUUGUUAAAUUAUGAAGGGGCCAAAUUGACUAAGCUACUUACUAUUCUGAUCUUUUAUGCUAUUUCAAAGGGUAAAACGGAGGAGCUGUAUGAGGGCGAGUCAGCUAAGGCGAUCAAAAGAGUUUUCGUCGAGCCUCAGACAGUCCGUCGCAUGACUGAACCAGAUUUUGACAAGCCGAAACCCAAGUGGUGCGAUGAUAUUCUGAUAUUGUAUGCCACAAAAAAGAAGGCCGACUACAAGCCUCUCACACAGACUGCAAUUGAUCUCAGUGCAGGACUCAGUACAAGAGGCCACAACCCACCUGAU